AUGGAUUCAGCAGCUAUCACGGAAGAUGCCACAAAUCCCGAUAUCAUUAUUAGCAUAACACAGGGCAGUGAAUUUUUCGAUGAAGUUAUUGGACAUAUUGAAGACAUUGUCCUCAGUGAUGAAUUCCAUCAAAUGCAAGAAGAAUUCCUGGAGCAGCAUUGGCAGUGCAUUGAACCCAUCGAAGAAAAUAAAUUAGAAUAUAUGGAUAUCUUUCAAGAGUAUAGUAGCAAAUUUGAAAAUUAUAUUAUGCAAGAGCUGCAGCGGAGAAUGGAAAAUUUUGACAUGCAAAAAUUUGUAGAGGAAUUGAGGUAAAGAGGAAAAUUUUAUUUUAAGAAUAUUUUAAUGAUUUAUUUUCGUUUCAGUUCGUAUGACUCCCAUCAAGAUCCUUAUGGUUUUGGCGAUUCGGAAAUAUUCGAAUUGUUACAGUCAUUUAGUGAUUUUCAAACAUUCAAAGAUUUAAUGUUGGACUAUCGUUGCAAAAAGGAAGGUCAUGUACCGCAAUUGGACUUUGAUAUUCUAAUAACGACGCCGUUGAGAUGA